AUGUCUGAUCACAGAGAGAACAAUGCACGCAAGCGACCGCGUCAGCCCGCGUCUGAUCCGCGAUAUCCCAGGAAGAGAAGUCUCAAAGCAUGCCAUGAUCAUUCUACCUUUGAUCCUGCGAGUCUUGAGAUUCUGAGACAGUUGGGGCAGAUUAUUAGUUCGCAGGAUGAGUUGACGCAGAUUGUACGAUCGAUUGCUGCGUCGCAGUCGCAAGCCGGUUUGGGCGCUGCUCAUAAUUUACAUGUCACUGAGGGUUUGAACUGGGAUGCGAGUGUCCAAGCGCAACAGUUACCAUACUAUGACUGGUCUGGAGGACAAUCUGACUCAAACUCAACGACCCCAGCAGCAUCGGCCAGCGUGGCCGCAGUUCGAUGGUUCGGCAUCCUCGCCAACGACGCAUCGAAUGAAGCUUUCCCAGACGCUGAUGCACCCUUGGGUCUAGACGGUGAACUGCUUGACACAUCAUCCGAUGGUCAAGCAGACAGCGACAUCACGCCAUUGCAGAAGGCGACAAGGAUCAUAGAUACUCAACCACCAAGUCGGGAUGGCAACGAUCAUGCAGAGAAUGUUGCCGAAGAAAGCUUAUGGCAGGCCUCGGAGAGCAUAUCCCUCCUCGAUCGAGAACAGACCUUGUUUCAGAACUUCCUGCACCGCAUAUGUUCGUGGCUUGAUUUGUUCGACCCAGCUCGAACAUUUUCUACGCGAGUUCCCCAUCUAGCAGUCCGCAACGCAGGUCUUCUCAACGCCAUCCUUGCGUUAUCAUGCUACCAUCAAUCCCUCGACGAAACCAUCGCCCCCAGUCAACGUCCGUCUCAAAACACCGCUUUACAAUAUUACUACCAAACUCUUCACUACGUUCAGAAAGCCAUGCGUUACUCAACGUAUCAGAAUAGUCAAGAACUCAUGGCGACGACGCUGAUGGUCUCAACGUAUGAGAUGCUACGAGGUUCACGCAAAGAUUGGCAACAACAUCUUCAAGGAGUAUUCUGGAUCUUGAGAUCUCGCCAGAUUGAAGUUGAAACAUCGAGUCUUGAAAGUACGACUUGGUGGGCUUGGUUGCGGCAGGACAUUUGGGUUGCUUUUCGGGAAAAGAGGAGAACAUAUAGUACGUGGAUGCCUAAGAAGGGAUACGCGGAGCUAGAUAGUCAUGAGUUAGCUUCGCGCGCUGUAUGGAUAAUGGCGCAGGUUAUUAACUUUUGCGCUGUUGAUUCGUCUGUGGAGGUGGAAGGGCUGACGGGGAGGAUUGGGUGGGCAAAGGCUUUGAGGAAGAUGUUGGAUGAGUGGCGGUCUCAUUUAACUGUUGAGUUCUCAGCGUUGCCGACCAUGGGGAAUCGGGAGAGUGAAGUGUUUCAGCCGCAUUUGAUACACCCUCAAUGUUUUGGACUUGCUGUGCAGCUUCAUCAUUGCUCACGCAUUCUCAUCACCGCGCAUGAACCUCAUCUGGAUGGCAUCCAAGGCUUACUAAAACGCCAGAAGGAGGUUCAAGAGAGUAUAAGAAUGGUAUGCGGUAUUGGAAUGACGCUUACAGAAGACGCAUCGAGCAUGCUGUCGUCACAAUGUCUAUUCAUUGGUAGGUAUCCAAUCCAAUAUUACAGCCCACAUCAACUAAUAGCGUGUGCAGCCGGAAUGUUCAUGCAGAACCCCCGCGAGAGAGAAUGUGUAAUGACGAUACAUGGCAUGUUUCGGCGCAUUGUGCGCAAUGAUGCUAUUCGUGUUGAUCCACCGGAGAUUUACAACUGGCGUGUUAUCGCUCUGACAGCUUCGGCAUGCUUUGCUGGAGCGCUGUUUGGAGUCGAUGCAGGUAUUAUUGGUGGCGUGCUGGCUAUGCCAGACUUCAAGCGGUCCUUUGGUCUUGACAAUCGCCCAAAGGAGGACGCAGCUGAUCUUGCAGGAAACCUGGUCACCACAAUGCAAGCUGGUGCCAUCGCUGGAGCUCUCCUAUCAAGUCCCUUUGCAGAUCGAAAAGGUCGGAAGCCAGCGCUGCUUCUUGUCGCGAUCACUGGCUUUAUCGGUGGUAUCAUGCAGGCGUUCUCUUACGGUCAUUUAUCAGUCUUUUAUAUCGGACGAUUCGUCGAGGGUCUCGGUCUCGGCGCAGGGACAAUGCUCGCACCAACAUACGUCUCCGAAAACUCCCCCCGCGCAAUCCGCGGGUUUCUCGUGGGUUUCUUCCAACUCCUCCUCGUGCUCGGCGGCAUGACAGCAUAUUUCAUCAACUACGGUUCCCUUCUUCAUCUCCCCGGCAAAGCCACAUGGAUGGUCCCCUUAGGAUGUCAAUCCAUCUGUCCAGCAUUACUCUUCUUCAGCAUGCUCUUUUGUCCCGAAUCACCACGCUGGCUAGCGUCUCGAGAUCAGUGGGAGAAAGCAGGUGCUGUUUUAUCAGAUGUGAGGAAGUUGCCGGUUGAUCAUGCGUAUAUCCAGCAGGAGCUGCUGGAGUUGAAGACGCAGAUUGAUCAGGAGAGGGAGGUCAUGCAGGAUACGGGGUUUUGGGCGCUUCAGAAGGAGUGUUGGACUUUGCCUUGGAAUAGGAAGAGGGCGCUUCUGACGGUGGCUAUUGUUACUCUUGGGCAGUGGACGGGCACUGGUGCUAUUAACUACUACGCACCUACUAUCUUCAGCGGUUUAGGCCUCAGCAGUACGACCACCGCACUAUUCGCUCAAGGAAUCUAUGGUGUCGUCAAGGUCGUUACAUGCUUGAUUUUUAUCUUCUUUCUAGCCGAUUCUCUCGGCCGUCGCAAGUCAUUCAUGUUUGGCGGUGCAAUCCAAGCAUUCUGCAUGUUUUUCGUCGGUUUCUACCUACGCUUUGGUCCUGAACCAGGAGAGGGUGACCAUCCUCCUCCAGCGGGUAUUGCUGCUUUGGCAAUGAUAUACAUCUUUGCUGCGGCUUUUAACAUGAGUUGGGGUCCAGUGUCAUGGAUAUAUGUCUCUGAGAUUCCAACGAAUCGACUUCGUGCAUACAACGUUGCUCUCGCAUCAUUCACUCAUUGGGUUCACAACCUCGCAGUAUCAAAGUCAACCCCAGUCAUGCUCCUGCACGAUCCAUGGAGAGCAUAUUUCAUCUUUGGAUCAUUCAACCUGUUCAUGGCCAUCGCUGCAUACUGGAUUCCAGAGACCAAGGGCAUCUCACUGGAACGCAUGGACGAAGUCUUUGGUAUCGCAGACUUUUCCAACGUCGAGGACGUGGGCAUCGCAGCACGCCGUGCAAAACGAAUCGACGACGAAGACGUGGAAGAUAUCCAAGCCCCCAACAAAUCCUAA